AGCAGCAACCAUCCGAACAACCGGCAUCGGAGCACAUAACAACAAUGGACUCCAAAACUGAAGCAAUACUAUCGGACAUAAGCUUGCCGAGGUUCCGGCGACUCUGGUGGGCCACCGGCGCCGAGUUGAAGACUCUCUUCCAAAUUGCAGCACCUGCAUGCAUAGUAUACCUUCUCAACUACGUUAUGUCAACUUCAACACAGGUUUUCUGUGGCCAUCUGGGCAAUCUUGAAUUUGCAGCUUCUUCCCUUGGUAACAACGGACUCUCAGUUUUGGCUUUUGGACUCAUGCUUGGUAUGGGAAGUGCUGUGGAGACCCUGUGUGGGCAAGCAUAUGGAGCUAAAAAGUAUGAUAUGUUAGGAAUUUACUUGCAGAGAGCAGCUAUCCUACUUGUGGCAACUGCAAUUCCUCUUAUGAUAGCUUACAUAUUCUCCAAGCCUAUUUUCCUCUUGCUAGGCCAGAAAAAAGAGGUUGCAUCUGCAGCUGCUGUAUUCGUCUACGGCCUGAUUCCUCAGAUUUUCCUGUAUGCUUUCAAUUUUCCGAUACAAAAGUUCUUGCAAGCCCAGAGCAUUAUCCUCCCCAGUGCAGUCAUAGCAGCAGUUGCACUGGCUGUCCACAUGUUGCUCACAUGGUUCGCACUGUUUAAAUUCGGAUGGGGACUUUUGGGUGCUGCAUUUGUGUUGAGUUUCUCGUGGGUGCUGAUAGUGGUUCCUCAGUUUGUCUAUAUACUGGUGAGUGAUAGAUGUCGCAAGACUUGGAAUGGAUUUAGCAUGCAGGCAUUUUCUGGAUUAUGGAGCUUCUAUAAACUGUCAGCUGCAUCAGCUGUCAUGCUCUGCCUAGAGUGUUGGUAUUUCCAGAUAAUGGUUUUGAUUGCAGGUUUACUACCAAAUCCUGAAGUGGCAUUGGACACAGUGUCUAUUUGUUUGACAAUCAACGGAUGGGUGUUUAUGAUCUCAUCAGGGUUCAAUGCAGCAGCCAGUGUGAGGGUUAGCAAUGAACUUGGAGCUGGACAUGCCAAAGCUGCUGCAUUUUCCGUAUUGGUUGUGACUGCAAGCUCAUCCCUAAUCGCAUUGACUGUUGCCAUUUUUGUGCUUGCAUUUCGCCAUGUCAUAAGUUAUGCCUUCACUAGUGGUAAACAUAUUGCCAUUGCAACCUCAGAUCUUAUGCCGAUCUUGGCAAUUUCGAUCACUCUUAAUGGCAUUCAACCGAUUUUGUCCGGGGUUGCUGUUGGUUGUGGAUGGCAGAAGUUUGUAGCUUAUGUCAACGUUGGAUGCUAUUACGGUGUAGGGGUUCCAUUGGGUACACUGCUUGCUUUCAAAUUCAAACUUGGUGCUAAGGGAAUAUGGUCUGGACUGUCAGGAGGAAUGGCUAUGCAGACUCUUAUCCUAAUUUGGGUCACUUGUCGGACCAACUGGGAUACAGAGGUGGAGAAAGCCAGGAAACGCCUGGAAAAGUGGAAUGACCAAACAGAGGGGAGCUUGAGUUCAGGGGGAAAUGUCUCGUCAUAAAACAGAAGUUAACCUGAUAUCUUGACAACAUGUCUGGAAACUUGGUGCUGAAUCUGUGGCGCGUGCAUGGAGUUACAAAGCCAUAACCGAUCGAAAACUAAGAUAUCCCUUACCCUUCUAUUGUGAAUUGAGGAAACAAAUUAACUAUUGUUGAUGGAGCGUAGACAAAUGUAUAUC